UGAAGUUAGUUAUCUUAUGUUCAUGUUACUUUAAUCAUUUUUAUAUGUUUGUUUAUUGUAAUGAAUACUAUAUAGGAUAAUCCAAUAACUGGUGAGCAGUCUUCGGCUCUUGAGAAUUGGAAGGAUCAACACUUGACUCGUAGUGGUGAAUGGAGGACUAAAGAAGCACAUGACAAAUAUGUCCGAAUGAGCGAGGAGUACCAGACACAAUUAGAACAAGCAGGAUCAUCUUCAUCAAUAAAUGAAAUUGAUAUCAUGAACCGAAACUUGAAGAAUCAUCGAGGACGACAAAGUGGAGUAGGUCCUACACUGUCAAAGAGUGCAUCUCGUCGCUUGGAAGAUGGUGCUACUUCCACAUUGCAAGAUCACCGUGAUGCUCAGAUAAGUGAAUUGCGGGCAAAUCAGGAAUUGAUACUCAGUGCUCUACGACAUUUUAUUCCCGGCUUUCAGUUGCCUUCACGCGCCUCCGGAAGCGACGUUCCUUCGAUGUCCAGUGCGAAUCAACCUGAUGAGAGCCACAAUGAUGAUGAUGAUCAGAAUUAG